GUGCUCCGGCUCGCGUCCUCCGCACGAGGGUGGAAUUGCGCGCGCCGGAGUCAACCUUUCCGCACGAGGCUCCGGUGAGCGGUAUGACUGCGCGCGCUCCGACAACACCAACUAACCGGAUGUGGAAGUAGUUUUUUCUCCGCGUGUAAAAUAGGAAAUUUCUGUGUGACUUCCCCCGGAAAACCAACAACUUAAUAUCAAACGGUUUCCUGUCGGUGUUGCUGUGACCGUGGCGGCGGUGCGGGUGGCGAAGAAGAGCACGGACAGGCUGUGCGGGGCGACGCAGCUCAUGGCGGACUUUUUCUGCCCGUCAAGGCGCCUAAAAUGGCUCCUCGGCCGCGGAGAGAAAUCUCGUCCUUCUCUGCUGUUUCGCAAUCAGGAGAGCGGUGUGACUACCCGAUUUCCAUUAUCGGACACGGCCUGGGGCACGUUCUGAUGUCGCUGGUCGAUUUGGGGAAGCGGCUGCUGGAGGCAGCCCGGAAAGGUCAGGAUGACGAAGUUCGAAAUUUGAUGGCCAACGGGGCGCCGUUCACCACUGACUGGCUUGGGACGUCCCCGCUCCACCUGGCCGCUCAGCACGGCCAUUACUCCACUGCCGACGUCCUGCUGAGGGCCGGUGUCAGCAGAGACGCCCGCACCAAAGUGGACCGCACCCCGCUGCAUAUGGCUGCCGCUGAGGGACACACGGUCAUCGUGGAGCUGCUGGUCCGGAACGGCGCUGACAUCAACGCCAAAGACAUGCUGAAGAUGACGGCGCUGCACUGGGCAGCACAGCACGGGCACCACGGCGUGGCUGAAACGCUCAUCAAGCACGGCGCUGACGUACACGCGCUCAGCAAAUUCGACAAGACGCCAUUCGACAUCGCCAUGGACAUCCAGAACACAGAGCUGAUGCUGCUGCUGCAGGAGGGCAUGCAGAAUCAGGUGAAUAUGAACCAGGUGAGCAUGAAUGUGGAGACGAGCAGCACCACCAACCAACCACAGUUCAUCAUCCAGGGCAUACCUGCCAUUCAGGGGGGCGUGGUCAACCUGGCCGAGCUGCUCAACAAGGCCAAUGCAGGAGACUCUGAGGAAGCGAUGGCUGCCAGCGCUCUUGACUCCAACAUCCAGCACGCCACCGUCGUAAACGAAGGUGGUCAGAGGGUCAUCACCAUAGUAACCGACCAGCACGGAAACCUGCAGACAACAGGAGGGAUGGCACAGCCGUUCUUCGUCACCAUGCAGCAUGGACAGCAGAUGCUCGCCGUGCCUGCCAACACCGUGACAGAGGAGGUGGUGACGGAGGAGCCGCAGCCCCCGCCCUCCAGGAAGAGGAAGCUGGAGGUGACCAACAACCACAACAACACGGGAGAGACGGAGCUGUUGCAGAGGCAGCUGCAGGAGGCCAACAGGAAGGCGCAGGAGUACCGACAGCAGCUGCUGAGGAAGGAGCAGGAGGCGGAGGAGUACCGCAUCAAGCUGGAGGCCAUGGCCCAGAGUCAGGCUGGCACCGCCACCGCAAACACGGCGGCCGGCGCCACCAACGCUGCUGCCAGCCCCGAGGAGGUGGUGGGAGGAGAGGAGGAUGAGGAGGAGGGAUCUGGCGGCGUGGUGGAGGAGGAGGCCGAGAUGGUGGUGCUGCAGGAGGGGGGCAUCAUCAUGGAGGGAGAGGAGGGUCAAGUGACGCUGGUGGAGGCAGGGGGAGAGGCGACGGAGGUGAGCUCCUAACGGAGCGCAGCAGGCGGGAUUUGCACGCUGUACUCAUGCCCACAAAAAGACCUGAUCCUGGCGUGACACAUGCUUCAACAGGGGGCGGAGUUCGGCUCAGCGCCAUCCAGACUCCCCGGUUUAGAAACCUUUCACUUCUUUUUUUCAGCAGGGUCCAAAAUGGCUGCCGCGUAGAGGACAUUGAUGACCUGAGGAGGAAGAGGGACCUCGUUUACCCUCAGCCAUUUGUUCCCCGAAUGCCGCUUUAACGUGUUUCCUCUGCCCGGCGCUGGCGGAGAGGAAGCUUCUUCAGAUGUUCCUUCUAUGGACUGAUUCCUGCCACUCACACCCGCUUUACCCCCUCACCAUCCAGCGGAGGGUGCUGUGAAAGGAGCCGGUUUUCCAGGAACUGGGACUCUGCUGUGUUCUUCCGAUGUGACCUUGUGUUCAUGAGCUGCAGGAAGCGUUACUGUCUUCCUGUGACCUUUGACCUGAGCUGAACCAGCUCCAUCAUGGACUCUGUUCAUUAAUUAUGAUGUUGUUUCCAGGUGGUUUCUAAAGGGGCGGGCUAAGGUCAGGUGACUAUUGAGCAAGCUGAAGUCACAUGAUCAGCAGUGUGACGCUGCCCUGCUCCAUCCUUCUCCUCUAUCUCACACUCAUCUACAUAACCGUCCUUAAAUGUGCUCUUUUAACUCCUCCCACUUUGGUUUGUGACACUUACAUGUUUUGAUUUUUACACCAACAUCAGACACUGGUCACAUCACCUCACCACCACUCAGCUGCAAACAGCUGUUCUGUGUAAACGCUUCACAGUGAAUGUGUUUCCUGUUAGAAUCUUUCACUUCCUGUCAGGACAGGAAGUGCUAAAUGCUAAUUCAUUCCAGGAUACUCUAGACAGGAAAUGGAAACCUUAAUUGGCCUGCCAGGUGAAAAGUGUCAAGUAUAGCUGAGCUUGCCUGAUCCUGGACAGUGUGCCUCACCUGCACUGCUCCACCGCUCACUUUUUCAUUUCAGAGACGUGAUGUCACACCUGAGGCUGCAUCCUCUGCGAGGCUCAUGUCUGCCCAGCCUGCUCCCUUCUAGAAGCCCACCUGAGAACACACCUGUCCUCCUCCACCUGUAUAACUUCACUCAUUUUUAUACACUCAGUGACGUCGACUUUUUCAGUGUACAUAUAAAUUUGUAUUUUUGUAAACUGUACCUUAAUGCUUCAUGGUGAUGAUGGCGGCUGCCUGUGUACCUGUGACCUCAGGUAAACGCUUCUUCCUUUCAAUAAAAGCUUGUUUCAUAAGCUAA